GUUCCUUUAACAGCAGUCUUCGUCCUCCUGAGACGUUCUUUAAAGUGAUUUUCUGGUUGGGAUACUUCAACAGCUGCCUGAACCCCAUAAUCUACCCCUGCUACAGCCGCGAGUUCAAACAGGCGUUUAUCCGGAUCCUGCGUUGUCGGUGGAAGAGGAAGCGUCAGGGCUGGCAGGCGUACUAUAACUACCGCAGCCAUCAGGGCUCCAACACCUCGUCCUUCCUCAACGGCAGCCAGCAGACGCUGUCCUCCAUCAGCCCCAGCCCGCGCUGCGUCGCCUCCAGGCUCCGCCCCCCGCCGUGGCCCUCCUCCUCCUCCGACAGAGAACGCCUCCCGGGGCCGACCGGCGGGGUCCAGCCGAGCCCCGUGUCCCCGCUCGCUAAGGGCCCGAGGGCGGGGAUGGCGGUUAACGGUCGGAACGUGAACAAACACUGACCGACACGCCCCCAACCUGCAGCGGACAGGAAGUUGUUUUUGAAUCCACACGCAGGCGUCACUGCUGACGUCACCAGACGCUCAGGUGUGAUGAUGAAACUCAAACACCUGAAGACUUUUUCUUUUUUUUUUUUUUUACCAGCUGACGUCUCCGAGCAGAACCUCGACUGCAACAGAGCAACUCCCGAAAACUUCAACCCAAAUAUGGAAAUAACCAUCAAAACAACUAAAUUCAGUUUACAUCAGUGAUUAAAACUCAACACCGGCUUUCUCUCUGUAAAUGAAAAAAAUAACAUUUUAUUUACUGUCAUGCUUUUAAUAUUUUUUAUUCUGAAAUUGUCCUGAAAAAAGCUCCCAACUUUGAAACUGACUUAAAUAAGUCAGAAAAACAAAGUUUUGUGAAACUAAACAAAGAAAUGUUGACAUUAUUUAUUUUGAUUUGGUGCUAAAAUUAAUAUUGAAAUCCUCAAGCUGUCAUUGCUGGUUGGUGAGUCUGUCGGGAGUAAAAUGUA